AUGAGUAAGCAGAGCAUCCAAGAGUACGAUGCGUUGGAGUACUUGAACCAAGUGCGGCUGCGAUUUGCACACGAACCCCCUGUGUACAACGCCUUCCUGAACAUCAUGAAGGAGUUCAAGUCGCAGGAGAUCAGUACCUCGGCUGUCACUGCCAAGGUCUCGAAACUCUUUGCUGGACAUCAAGAUCUAGUCCAAGGUUUCAACAACUUUCUUCCCCCCGCUGAGCAGGUUGGCUCAGAUACUGACCGGGACAGCGCCUUCACGUAUGUCGCGAGGAUACGAGCGCGUUUUGAGCAUCGCCCCAACGUUUAUAGAGAAUUUCUUGAAGUCCUCCAGAAGUACAAACAGAACGUCUACGACAUCUCCCGGGUCAAAGGAGAGGUUGUCACAAGAUUGUUCGAUGGGCAUCCAGACCUUCUCCGUCAAUUCUCAAUCUUCCUCCCCGAUGACUACGUGAGUUGCUCGAGACGUUGUUCGCUUCUCCGGCUGAGACUGUGUGCUGCAGCAUGA